UGACUUUUUGUCAAAGAUUGAUCUUGUUACCAGCAAUAGAGUUGGUAAGAAAAUAAAUAGUCAAGAUUCUAUGUCUCCUGAAAGGAUUUGUUUUUAUUUUUACAAUAACUAGACCUAUCCGAAUCUUCUGAUCAGAAGCAUAGACCUAUCUCCGUAAAUAAGAGCCGGCAGCAGGUGCAACGAGAAAAAGUUCUUCAGCAACAAUAUCGAAAACUGGGACUGCAGGAUGCAGCAGCCUCUGUACCUUCAGAACAGCUGCUUUCUGUGCCAAAACACAAGCCCUGUCUUCCAAGUCCCCCUCUGCAACAAUCUCCUCCAUCCUCAAUCAAAGAUCAAAGGCAACAUGACACUAGAGAUCAAGAGGCUGUGCAGGGACUUGAAAAUCCUUGUAAUGGCGAUGAAAAAACCCAGCAUCUCCUUGUAAAGAUGGAUUUAAAAAUGGAGAACAAGAGAGUGGAAUUGUUAGCAGGAGAAAUCGCGGUGGGAAGUCCUCCAGCAGGAGCAGCGGCUGAUGGAAGAGAAGAAUAAACGCAAGAAGGCGCUCCUGGCCAAAGCCAUCGCUGAAAGAUCCAAAAGAACUCAGGCUGAAACAGUGAAACUAAAGCGGAUUCAAAAAGAGCUGCAGGCUCUGGAUGAUAUGGUGUCUGCUGACAUUGGGAUCUUAAGGAACCGAAUCGACCAGGCCAGCAUGGACUAUUCAUACGCUCGGAAGCGAUACGAAAAGGCCGAGGCCGAGUAUGUAGCAGCAAAGCUGGAUCUCCAACGGAAGACUGAGCUGAAGGAGCGUCUCACGGAGCAUCUGUGUACCAUCAUACAGCAGAAUGAACUGCGUAAGGCCAAGAAGCUGGAGGAGUUGAUGAAGCAGCUGGAAGUGGAGGCAGAUGAAGAAAAUCUGGAACUGGAGAUUGAGGUGGAGCGGAUGCUGCAGCAUCAGGAGGCAGAAGCUGGGAGACAGGCUCAGAAUCUGCCCCCGACUGCCGAGGAAGCGGCUGCUCUGUGUGCGGCUGCGGCGGAAAAGGAGCAGGCGGGUGCUGUUCUGGAACACUUAGUGGAGCUACCUGGACAUGCCUGUAGCAAAUCACUUUCAAAUACAGGUAGCUCAGAUCAGUCGGUAAACACUACUGGGGAGGAAAGCACAGCUCACUCUGAUACGCUACUAUUGCAUGCCAAGAAGGUAGCCUCUGAUGGAUGAUAUACUUGAUUUGCUGCCGCCGUAAGGCUUUUGCAGCGCCAGAACAUACUUCUCUUACGUUAUUUCUAUUUGUAAUUUCAUUUAAAAUAACCAUUUUUAGUGAUCUGUCAAAAUCUUUCUUUCUGGGCCACCUGUCUCUCCUAUUUUGUAUUUUUAGGUCUGUUCAUCCCCGGAUUUGCUCACUCUUUAUGGUGCUUUGUGAGAUUGGGGCUUGCUAGAAGGGGGUACAAAGAAGCGGGCCACAGUGGAGACUAGUUUUGUGUGAGUGAAGAUUCCGAGCUAACCAUUCCGGACAUCAAAUCAGGAAAUGGAGAUGCUGGUUUUCUUGAGCAGAUGUCGUAAAGAUGAGACUUUAUUAUAGAUACAUACAGUAAUAAGACAUUUCCGGGGUGUCUGCAAAUUUCAUUUAACCCUGUCUGGGUUUCAGAGACAUCCUUGUCGAUGGUAGUUCAUUCUGUAGAGAAUUAAAAAUAAAUUUAGAAAUGCAUGUUACUAU